UUUCAGCCCCCAAAGCCCCAAAAGCAAAGGCUUUUCUUCACAAGGAAAAGUAGGAAGUAGGAAACUUCCAUUCCCAAAAAUCAAAAUUCAUAUCGUCCCCCGCAUCAUCACGCUUCCCCUUUUUAUCUUUUGCCGUUGCCUCUAUAUCUUCAUUCACACCAUACACAUUUUCCAUUUCUCUCUCUUUUUCUCUCUCUAGAACUCUACUAUACUAGCUAGGGUUUUGGUUUCAGCCAAGAGAAAUGGGGCAACAGUCGUUGAUCUACAGCUUCGUUGCGCGAGGAACUGUGAUCCUCGCUGAAUACACUGAGUUUACGGGUAAUUUCACUAGUAUAGCCUCACAGUGCCUCCAGAAACUUCCUGCUUCUAAUAACAAGUUCACCUAUAACUGUGAUGGCCAUACUUUCAACUUUCUCGUCGAAGACGGCUUCACAUAUUGUGUUGUUGCUGUGGAAUCUGUUGGAAGACAGAUUCCAAUUGCAUUUCUAGAGAGAACCAAAGAUGAGUUUACCAAGAAAUAUGGUGGAGGCAAGGCUGCUACAGCUGUUGCUAACAGCUUAAACAGGGAGUUUGGGCCCAAACUGAAGGAACAAAUGCAGUACUGUAUAGACCAUCCAGAGGAAAUCAGUAAGCUUGCAAAGGUGAAGGCUCAGGUUUCGGAAGUUAAAGGUGUGAUGAUGGAAAACAUUGAAAAGGUUCUUGAUCGUGGCGAGAAGAUUGAACUUUUGGUGGAUAAGACUGAGAAUCUCCGCUCACAGGCACAAGAUUUCAGGACACAAGGAACAACAAUGAGGAGGAAGAUGUGGUUGCAGAACAUGAAGAUCAAGCUUAUAGUCUUGGGAAUUAUUAUCGCCUUGAUUCUGAUCAUAGUUUUGUCAGUAUGUGGUGGUUUCAAUUGUCAUUAGUGAGGUUCCUCAUCCUUACUAGGCUGGAUGUUGAUUGAAAAUUGUGACACUUAAUCUUUGUAGCAGUGGCAUGUCAGUUCCUUAUAAUUCUUUUUUUCUUUUGUUGUGACAUCUUUUGUUCUAUGCUCUGUAUCAUGAGACACUGCCUGUAUAGCUUGUAAUGUGAAUUCUUUUGAGUAUACUAUUGAAUGAGUCUCCCUCGUUCACCAGGUCACAUAGUGA